CUCUACAGCAUAAAGAUGAGUGAAAAAUCUCCCGAAUAUUCCGUCUUUUUUGGUGUCAUGGGUUCUGCAUCUGCUAUUUCGCUCAGUGCAAUUGGCGCUGCAUAUGGGACAGCAAAAUCUGGACUCGGCAUUAGUGCAAUGGCAGUUAGAAAACCUGAGUUAAUCAUGAAAUCUAUCAUUCCAGUAGUCAUGAGUGGCAUCAUUGCCAUUUACGGACUUGUUGUAGCUGUUUUAAUAGUCAAUGCAAUAGAUAAACCUCCUAACUAUACUCUGUUUGCUGGAUUUCUCCAUUUUGGAUCUGGAUUAUCUGUAGGACUCAGUGGAUUGGCAGCUGGAUUUGCGAUUGGGAUUGUUGGUGACGCUGGUGUCAGAGGGACAGCCCAACAGCAAAAACUCUUUGUCGGAAUGAUUUUGAUUCUUAUAUUUGCUGAAGUUCUUGGAUUGUAUGGUUUAAUUGUUGCUCUUAUAAUGGCAACUAAACAAGGAAAAUGA